GCGGGUUUGGGGGAGGGCAGUGAUCCGGGAGGAGGAAAUUUGGGAGGAGUGUCCGGGGGGCAGCAACUUAAAAGGGGGAGGGAACUGCGGCUGAGAAGACGAUCGGUGAUGGGAGCGCAAUGUAUGAGGGGAUACGGUGCCUCAGGUUUAAAAGAGCAGGAAGCUGAGUGAGAGCUUGGAGAAAGUGUCUUCGCUAGGCGGCGGUUACAGGUGGUGUCUAGAAAGAGCUCCGAGGCUCAAGGCUGUAGUCGGCAGGGGAUCGGAGAGCUGUGUGGAAGGGACAGUUUAGUCCUAAAGCGGGGCGCGGGGGCAGUUCCUGACUUUCUGGGAACAGGCAGGAAUGUGCCUCCUGGCCCUCGGUGCUUCCCCCCUUGGGGGGGGCAUGGUGAGGGACUCUGGCAGGCUCCACUGAAUGCUGAGUCGCGGAGGUCCAGUUCCACGUAUGGAUCCAGGGAAUAAGAAUUCAGCCACAGAGGCUGCCGCGAUUGUAGACCUCGAUCCCGACUUCAAACCCCAGAGCCGUCCGCGCUCCUGCACCUGGCCCCUUCCUAGACCAGAGCUUGCUACGGAGCCGCCUGAGCCGCCCGAGGUGGAGCCAGGUCUGGGACCGAAGGUACACACGGAGGGGCGCUCCGAGCCCAUCCUGUUGCCCUCUCGGCUCCCAGAGCCGGCAGGGGGCCCCCAGCCGGGCAUUCUGGGGGCAGUAACAGCAGGUCCUCGGAAGGGGGGCUCCCGCCGGAAUGCCUGGGGAAAUCAGUCAUAUGCAGAACUCAUCAGCCAGGCCAUUGAAAGCGCCCCGGAGAAGCGACUGACACUCGCGCAGAUCUAUGAAUGGAUGGUCCGCACUGUGCCCUACUUCAAGGACAAGGGUGACAGCAACAGCUCCGCGGGAUGGAAGAAUUCUAUCCGCCACAACCUGUCCUUGCACAGCAAGUUCAUCAAGGUUCACAACGAGGCCACAGGCAAGAGCUCGUGGUGGAUGUUGAACCCUGAGGGAGGCAAGAGCGGCAAGGCACCCCGCCGCAGGGCUGCUUCCAUGGAUAGCACCAGCAAGCUGCUUCGGGGCCGCAGCAAGGCCCCCAAGAAGAAACCAUCUGUGCUUCCAGCUCCGCCUGAAGGUGCCACUCCCACAAGCCCUAUGGGCCACUUCGCCAAGUGGUCUGGCAGCCCUUGCUCUCGAAGCCGUGAGGAAGCCGAUGUGUGGACCACCUUCCGUCCACGAAGCAGUUCAAAUGCCAGCACUGUCAGCACUCGUUUGUCCCCCAUGGGACCAGAAUCUGAGAUGCUGGCAGAGGAGGAAAUACCAGCGUCAGUCAGCAGCUAUGCAGGGGGUGUCCCCCCGCUAAAUGAAGAUCUAGAGCUGCUGGAUGGGCUCAAUCUCACAUCUCCCCACUCGCUGCUAUCCCAGAGCAGCCUGUCAGGCUUUUCUCUGCAGCAUGCCGGGCUUACUGGCCCCUUACACGCCUAUAGCGCCCCCCUCUUUGGUGCAGCAGAAGGGCCCCUGUCAGCAGGAGAAGGGUGCUUCUCAAGCUCCCAGUCUCUGGAGGCCCUGCUGACCUCUGAGACACCACCACCACCUGCUGCCGAUGUCCUCAUGACCCAGGUAGAUCCUAUUCUGUCCCAGGCUCCCACACUUCUGUUGCUGGGGGGAAUACCUUCCUCCAGUAAGCUGCCCACCGGAGUGGGCCUAUGUUCCAAGCCCCUAGAUGCCCCGGGCCCCAGCAAUCUGGUUCCCAGCCUUCCUGUAGUGGUGCCAGCUCCAGUCAUGGCAGGUGCUCCCAUGCCCAAGGCCCUGGGAACUCCUGCGCUCACACCUUCUGCUGGAGCAGCAGGCCACGACAGAAUGCCUCAGGAUCUAGAUCUUGAUAUGUACAUGGAGAACCUGGAGUGUGACGUGGAUAACAUCAUCAGUGACCUCAUGGAUGAGGGUGAGGGACUGGACUUCAACUUUGAGCCAGAUCCCUGAGUCGUGGCUGGAAGCUUUGUCCCCUGCUUCAGAGAUGGAGCCAGAUGCAUUCAUAUCCACUCCUUUCCCUUGAGCCCUCCCCAGGAAUUUGAGACCCUGCUCCAGAGCUAGGGUGGGGUCUAGUCACACAAACGGGUAUUGAGGAUUGUGAAGAUAAAGCUGCCCCAUAUGGGGUUGCUGGGGGGUGAGGGGAAGGGAAGAGUUUAUUCUCACUGUGCCAAUUAGGAGGUAAGGCCCUUUCUCUGGAGCCAUCCUCAGCUUCCCCCAUUCCCAUCCCUAGAAGCAGGGGCCAGCAAUGCUGUUGGAAAUGUGAAGUCACCAGUGGCCUUACCCCUGCCUUUGGGAGCAGGGUUUUUUGUAGAGUCUUAUCUGAGCUAGACCAGGCUAAAUUGAGCCUGGGAUUUUUAUGCAGUGGCCCCUUAGGCCAGUGGUGUGG